GAGAGCGGGACGUCUGGCUUUCGAGCUGCUGUCUGCUAUAGUAGCGACGGAGGAGCGAAUUUAAAAUGGGUGAUGUUGAGAAAGGCAAGAAGAUUUUUGUUCAGAAGUGUGCCCAGUGCCACACCGUUGAAAAGGGAGGCAAGCACAAGACUGGACCUAAUCUCCAUGGUCUGUUUGGUCGGAAGACAGGUCAAGCAGCUGGAUUCACUUACACAGAUGCCAAUAAGAACAAAGGAAUAACCUGGGGAGAGGAUACACUGAUGGAGUACUUGGAGAAUCCCAAAAAGUACAUCCCAGGAACAAAAAUGAUCUUCGCUGGCAUUAAGAAGAAGGGAGAAAGGGCAGACUUGAUAGCUUACCUCAAAAAAGCUACAAAUGAAUAAUAGCCACUGCCUUAUUUAUUUAUUGCAAAACAAAUGUCUCAUGGCUUUUUAAUGUGUACCACAAUUCAAUUGAUCUCUAAUACCAGAUUUCAUAUCAUGAAUGGCUGGCAGAAUAUUUUUGGGCAGUCCUGAUUUAAGUAAAACUGGCUUAUGGUUAAGUGGAUGUGAUCUUUAAAAAAAAAUACUGUCAUUUGUUCCCCUUUCUGUGAUAUGAUUGGACUUAACUAAUGUUCAAUUUUUCAACAAGUUAGGGAAUACCAUCUCCAAAUCUGUCAGAUUGGUUUUAUAUUCAGAUUUAUAUAGCUAACUAUGAGAACAUCUUUUAAACAUGGGGGGAAAUCCCUUCACUGUCUGAUAAUCAAGCAAAAUUAACCUGUUUGAAUUUGUGAUCCUUAACUUGUUAAAGGCAGUGGUUGAAAAUGAGGAAGCAAUGUCUAUAUUUUUGGUCUUCACUAAGCCAAUUUAAUUACAAUUCCCUGUCUCUGAAAUCUGCCUUUUACUUAUUGAAAGAUAUUUUAGUGUGGCUUAUGUAUAAAUGUCAAAUAAAGAAUAUUUAACACUUCU